GUUGAGUGCAAAGUGAGGGGUGAAAGGUUGACCGCGACUGGAAUAGAAAAAGACGGCCAGACAGCACAGAAAGUGAUUGAACUCUUUUCUCUCCACAUCAUGGACUCAUUGUCCUGUGCUCUGCUCCUCUUCUCUCUGCUAUGUUCAGCCACUGGUCAAAGUCCUGUGGUCUCAGUGGAGCCCCAGACUACUACCGUGCGGGAAGGGGAGUCGGUCAGCCUCAGGUGCCAAGUGGGGAGCGGUGCUCAUGCCACCCAGCUGCAGUGGAGGAGAGCCAAUAAUCAAGCCUUAGCAGACAAUGUUAAGAUUGGCCCCAAUGGUGUGGUGCUGACGAUUGCUAAUGCUCGACCUAAUAACCAGGGCGAGUACCAAUGUGUGGCAUCCAGCUCGGCAGGCUCCACCGUUGCUUCAGCUCAGAUCAACAUCAAAUAUCCUCCCAAAGUGCGCCUGUCACCAACUGGGCCCCUGAGGGUCAAAAUUGGCGACCGGGUAUCAGUGCAGUGUCGGGCAACAGGCAGGCCACGGCCUAAGAUGAGCUGGAGACGCCAGGGCUCCUCUCUGCAGCUGCUUUCUGAGGAGAUAGAUGGUGUCAACACCAUACAAUGGCGUAUAGUGCGUCCAGAGGAUGCAGGAGUGUACAUUUGCCAAGCUGAAAACAUCGUGGGUGUGACAGAGGUCAAAGUGGAGGUCAUCUUUGGAGGGGUUCCUGGUGCACCCAUGGCAUCAGUGAGUCAUAAGGAAAUGACAGUUGUGGAGGGUCAUACUGUCACUAUGAGGUGUCAAGCUACUGGUUCUCCUCCUCCUGUCAUCACAUGGUCCAAGCUUAGAGCCCCGUUGCCAUGGAAACAUACUGUAGCCGGCGGUGCCCUGACACUGACCAGUGUGGGGCGACAGGACUCCGGCCAAUACAUCUGUAAUGCCACCAACAUACACGGCUUCAGCGAGGCAUACACGCAGAUGGAGGUGGAGAGCCCUCCUUAUGCCACCUCUUUGCCUGAGCAGGUGAAGCUCCAACCCGGUGAUGCUCUUACUCUGCGCUGUCUGGCCCAUGGCUCCCAUCCCAUUCAGUUCCACUGGAGCCGGGUGGGCAGAGGCAACCUGCCUGCUGGAAGUCACAGCACCAAUGAUGGACAGCUUGUCAUCUCUCAUGUUAAAAGUAGCGACAGCGGAAUAUACAAGUGUGUGGCAACCAACCACAUUGGCUCCAGUGAGGCACUGGCCAAAGUCAAUGUUAAAGCCUAGGCCACUGAAAUGUUUGCAGUGUUCCCCCAAGCCUGAAUUGUGACAGCAAAUGGAAAGUAUCAAGUUGUUCCUGUGCAUAUGAAGCUGAACUCAAACCUUUCAAUUAAUGCAUGUAUUAAAGGAUUAGGGGAUCUAUGGAAAAAUUUGCAUCACUUUUCUGGCUGAGAUGACUAACUCAAUUUUAAUGUUUUCCCCACCCCAGAUUUUUAAUAGUGAUUCCCAAACACGAAUGGAAAAUGUCUCUGUAUCCAAGUAUAAUUUAGUUAAUUUGGUACUCCAUCACCUAGAUGUAAUUUUCCAACCAUAAACAACAAGAAUCUUUGUACAAUUUGAGAACGAACCGAACCAUGAUUCAUAGUGUUUUGUUUUUGUCUUCGGCUAUUAGUAAGCAUUUAUUAUGCAACACACCACAUUUGGUCAAUUUAAAAUGCGUUUAAAGUACAUCCCUCAUUAUGCAGUAGUAAUGUAAGAUACUGAAUUGAAAUAUCUUAUUCAAAAAAUAAAUAAUUAGAUCCUUUCUUACAAUAACGACAAUGCAACAUUUUUGACAGCCUUAAAAGUGUAUGUGCGCGUCAUAAUUACUUUUUACUGAGGGUUUAACUGAUUCCAUUAAACAGACAAAUAAAGUGUAAAGAUGCAAUGUGGUACAGAAAAAUGAAAGUUCCUUGUGUUGUAACACAUUCAA